AUGAUUUAUUCCAUCUACGCGACGCUAGCGUUGAUGAUAUAUGUUAUCUGGAGAUUUAUCAGGUUCAACAUUGCUACACUUGCCUCGCCCUUGAGGAAUCUUCCCGGCCCUUCAAGCUCCAGCUUCAUCUACGGUAAUUUCCUAGAGAUCUGGAACGCCGACAUGUCAGCAUUACACGAAGAGUGGGUGGAUAGGUACGGAGUAACUUAUGCGUACAAAGGAUUCUUCAGUCGAAGCAGGUUGUUCACCCUCGACCCCGCCGCCCUUGGUUAUAUUCUCAACAAUACUAGCACCUUCCAGAAGCCGGACGUAGUGCGCCACUAUCUUGGACUGAUUUGCGGCGAGGGGGUGCUUGUAGCCGAAGGAGACGAGCAUCGCAAGCAGCGACGCAUCAUGAACCCUAGCUUUGGUUCUGCUCAAGUUCGUUCGUUGACUAGCAUUUUUGUCGACAAAGCCGCACAGCUGCGGGAUAUAUGGCUCAUUCAAGCGUCGACUGAUGAGCCCGUCCGAAUAGACGUGUUGUCCUGGCUGGGUAAAGCUACGCUGGACGUCAUAGGUCUUGCCGGGUUCGACUACGAUUUUGGGUCUUUGGAGAAAGACGGAACGAGCGAGCUCAGUGAAGCUUUCUCUGUCGUCUUUCGUGCUGGUCAGCAACUCAACAUUCUGCCUAUCCUUAAGGCAAUUAUUCCUCCGCUGAGAAUAUUACACACUUCCCGUGACAGGAAAGUGCGCUUUGCUCAGGAUACAAUGACUCGUAUUGGAGUGCAGCUCAUAGAGCAAAAGAAGGCGUUUGUUCGCGCGGAGAAAACCACGGAUGAGAACAUACACAAGGACGACGUAAAAGGUCGUGAUCUUCUCAGUCUCCUCGUGCGCGCCAACCUCGCCACGGAUAUUCCUGAUAGCUAUCGCAUGAGCACAAAGGAUAUAGUGGCCCAGAUUCCAACGUUUCUCGUGGCAGGGCACGAGUCGACGAGCAUCGGAGUUGCAUGGGCUCUUUUUGCCAUAGCACAGCACCAGGGAGUGCAGAAGAAGCUACGAGAAGACGUCCUAUCGCUUACGUGCGAUAAUCCUAACAUGGACGAGCUACAAGCCUUGCCGUAUCUCGACGCCGUUUUGCGCGAAACAAUGCGGCUUCAUGCACCUGUUCCGAACACAGUUCGAGUGGCAACUCAGGACGACGUGAUUCCCCUCAGUACACCGUACAUAGACCGUUAUGGCGUCAAAAAGACGACUAUACGAGUGCAGUCAGGAGAUGCCAUAUAUAUUCCCAUACUCACAAUGAACCGUCUCAAGUCUAUCUGGGGGGAAGACGCUCACGAGUUCAGACCGGAGCGCUGGAUUAACUCCGUUCCUGGUACGGUCUCAGAGGUUCCGGGAGUAUGGAGCAACCUACUCUCGUUUCUAGGAGGGCCACGCAACUGCAUAGGCCACAAAUUCUCCGUGAUAGAGAUGAAGGCUAUUAUCUUUGUGCUUGUACGCGCGUUCGAAUUUUCUCUUGCAACAAAGCCAGAGGAUAUCAUCAAGAAAUGGGCCAUUGUAGCCAGACCGGUUGUUGCGAGCGAACCAAAUGAGGGUAACCAGCUGCCGUUGCUUGUGAGGCCGUACAGAUCAGCACAGUAG